UGACAUCAGCCCUGCUGUGGUGCAGUGUGCAAAGCCUACUGGUUGGCGUGAUGGGGGAUACGCCUUCCCCAGCGGAACAAAACGGCGUGCAGGCGGGUGCAGUCUGCCACCGCUUUCGAGAGCGCCGUUGCCCGCCGCCCUGCAGCUGCCAGAAUGCCAAACUGGGGAGGAGGCAAGAAAUGUGGAGUGUGCCAGAAGACAGUCUAUUUUGCUGAGGAGGUCCAGUGUGAGGGCCACAGCUUCCAUAAAUCCUGCUUCUUGUGCAUGGUCUGCAAGAAGAAUCUGGACAGCACCACUGUGGCCGUGCAUGGAGAGGAGAUCUAUUGCAAGUCUUGUUACGGCAAGAAGUAUGGCCCGAAAGGCUAUGGCUAUGGGCAGGGCGCAGGCACACUAAGUACAGACAAAGGAGAGUCUCUGGGCAUCAAGCAUGAGGAAGCCCCUGGCCACAGGCCCACCACCAACCCUAAUGCGUCCAAGUUUGCCCAGAAGAUUGGUGGCUCUGAGCGCUGCCCUCGAUGUAGCCAGGCAGUCUAUGCUGCGGAGAAAGUGAUUGGUGCUGGGAAGUCCUGGCAUAAGUCCUGCUUCCGAUGUGCCAAAUGUGGAAAAGGCCUUGAGUCAACCACCCUGGCAGACAAGGAUGGUGAAAUCUACUGCAAAGGAUGUUAUGCUAAAAACUUCGGACCCAAGGGUUUUGGCUUCGGACAAGGAGCUGGGGCCUUGGUCCACUCAGAGUGAGGCUACUGCUGCCUGUGCACCCAGUCUACUCCUGUGCUUUUCAUCACCAGUCCCUUCCCAGCAGCCUUGGACACCUCUAGGAUUCUCCCACUCAGCACUAAUGACUUGGACUUGGGCAUCUGGCUUCCUUUGGUUUGGGGUCUGCCUGAGCUCCUACCCCACUAAGGGCCUCCCCUUGCCUGACAUCUGAUACCACCACCAGUAGGACACAUCUGUCUAGUCACUCCUUUAGGGAGACCAAACCCCCCUCCCCAUGCCUCACCCCACAGAGCUGUUCUUAGGCUGAAUGUUUACCAUCAACUGACCAGGACAACUGAGUUCAUGUCUUAGAGUCCAGAGGAGCAAAA